CCUCACUCAGCUGUUACUUAAUCUCACACCUGAAAUACCUACCGUUACAACGAACGACCUGGAUCUGUUCAGCAGCAGUUACAGUAGAAAUCUGGAACGUCUCAUGUCUAAAUCUGUUCCCAACUACCGUGCCCAGGCCCAGAUUGAUCGGUUCUCGACUUUCAUUUAGCUGAACCCCUGAACUCUCAGGUCAUCAUCGUCACCAGCAACAUCGUCAGCCCUCCAAUUCGGGCAUUAUCCGUAUAAUCUGCCACGAGUACUUUUGAGCUUAAUUCUCUCUUGAAUACUUGCUGGCCUGUUUCAUACUCUCAGCCUCACGGAUUUGUUACUCAAAGAAUAAUAGUUUCUGUCGUGAUAGUCAGGAUCCCCGCGAUCAUCUUGUCAGAUACCCACCUUCUGAGUGCCACCGGUAGCAGGUGCCGUAGCCCUGCUUCGGGAUAUUGUUGGACAUCUCUUAUGCUGGAGCAGCAUGGCUAUGCCUGCGAUUGAUGUGCGCCUUGCCCGUAAAGGGCCCCUGAGGCUCGAUCCCAUUCCCGAGAUCCUACGCCCUUUGAUUCGCGCCUAUCUCUUGGGCUAUGCAUCUGCCGUGGCUCCCCGGCUGUUGACAUUAGUGUUACAGCAUGUUGCUAAGAGAAAGAGGAAACUAGCCAACCAACUUGCCCCGGACCUUGACGAUAGCUCAUUCGUCAGCUCUGCGGCACACAUAGUGAGGACAGGCUUCAAUCCGCAGCGGUUUCCAACGUUUUGUGCUAUACUAGCUGGUGGCACUACUCUAUUGAAGGAACCUUUGAAAAGCAUUCUAGAGAAAACCGCAAGGGGGCUCAGCGAGGCAGGUCGCUUGAGACUUGCAAGAUGGUUGUCAACAUUCCUUGCUGCCUGGUUUGGCCUGCGGCUGCUGCACUCCUACGAGGGCCGAGCGUAUACCGAAACUGUGCCACCGAAAGAGGGCUCGGCCCAUAAUACCGAGCCUCAAACAGUCAAGUUUGCUGGUCGAACAAUGGAUCUGACCCUGUUUGCCGUCACUCGAGCCCUCGAUGUCCUUGUUGGUGAUCUGUGGGCGAGGCACAAGGCCCGUCGUCUGGCCUCCAACAGGUGGUCCAAGGCUGAACGAUUCCUCUCCAAGUUUGUCGACCCCCUUGUCUUUGCAGCUUCAUCAGGCCUUGUUAUGUGGGCUUGGUUCUAUCAUCCCAGCCGUCUGCCCCGCAGCUACAACAAAUGGAUCACUUCGGCAGCUUCCGUGGACUUAAGACUCAUCGAAGCCCUUCGGCGGUGCCAUUCAGGCGAGUUUCAGUACGGCAAGGAGACUGGUCAGGCACAUCUCCUUCAAGGCAUGUGUGUGGACUACGAGUGGCCACUUGCCUGGGGAGAUCCUGCGGUAGUUGUUCCCAUACCUUGCCAAAUGGUCCAUAUGUCCAGCGGGCCUUCAUGCGAGUACCAUGCUGCAAGCCGCUUCUUUCGUGCCUGGAAGUGGUCUAUGGCUACGUACUUACCCCUGACACUCGCACUCGCUCUUCGAAACCCUUCUCGCAAAGCUCUACAUCGAGCCAUAACCUCGUCUUGCCGCUCCUCUAGUUUCCUCGCGACCUUUAUCACACUCUUCUAUUAUGGAGUCUGUUUGAGCCGCACACGCGUCGGACCCCGGCUUCCUGGCGGCACAACCAUUGAGCGGCGUCAGAGCAUGGAUAGUGGGAUCUGCGUUGGUACAGGUUGUUUGCUUUGUGGCUGGAGUAUCAUGAUUGAAACAGAAAGCCGGCGAAAGGAUAUUGCGCUCUUCGUUGCCCCUCGUGCCUUGGCCACUGUUCUGCCUCGACGGUAUUCUUUGGACAAGGAGUGGCGAGAGAGACUUGUAUUCGCCGCCAGUACUGCCGUUGUCUUUACGUGCGUGGCAGAGAACCCCGAUCGAGUGAGGGGCGUCUUUGGAAAACUGCUAAAGAUGGUUCUCAGUAAGUAAACGAGCUGGCUCGGCAUACAUCAGGAACUGGGACCUCUGUUUCGAUCUUGCCAUUCCCAUCCUUUUUUUCUUGUCGUAACCAAUGUGUACAGUAGAGCAACGUUGCAUAAAAUAGUACUUGAAUUCUAAUGUAUAAUUAUUAAGCAAUAAGACCAGAUUUGGUCACAAGGCCAUGUAUGUAAUGUAAUAUGAUAAUUCAACUGCAAUGUGUCUAUAUGCUACUAAGCUCAUUAUCCCUUAAACCAAGCAACAGCCCCCAGCACAAAAAUACAGGCCAGCAUAUCACUCCUCACUGUGGUAAAUAUCUGACCAUAUCGCAUCACGACCUCAACAUAGCCCUUGGCAGGCUGGGGUAAGAAUUGCACCACGGUGCCUACAAUGCCAGAAGGGGGGCUGCCUCUCCUAUCCAGAAAGAAGCGAGUUGUGAGUAGCAGCGACUCGGCUGUGGCAAAUGUCCAAAAGAACAGCUUUUUGCGGUGCUCCAGUUCCGUCUCAAGCUCAGGCUCAGCGGCUGCAAUGAGCGGAUCCGCGGGUGUCGUGCCUGCAAGGGCGGCACGCUCACGCUCGAUCUUGCUGCCAGUGAAGGGGGUAAGUAUGACGAUGUAGAAGCCCAGGCCGAGAGCUACAAGGGCAUGGAGAAGACGCCAGAGGUUUGUAGAGGCGCUAUUGCGGACGGCUGUGGGCGGUACGGGGGGUCCUUGGCCGGGUGCCAUGCCUGGCAUACCAGGAAAAGGAGGCAUUGAGCCAGCAGGAAGACCAGCACCAGCCAUCAAUUGGGACAUCAUCUUCAUCAUGGGAUCUUCCUCAGCUGCUCCGGGUGCAGGGCUAGCGGUACCGCUGCCAUUACCACGCUCGAAGCCAAGCAUCAUCUGCCGCAGCUGAUCCUCUGAGAUGGCGGGUUCUGUGAUUUCAGGUGCAUUCGUUCGUGAAGUGGCAGUCCGCUUAGGCUCGUAGUAGUGAUCUGAGAUAUCGACUUCUUCCGGGUCGGCAUGAUCGGCGGUGGCAGACGCAGCGGGCGCUGGCGCUGGUGCUGGUGUCGGUAUCGGGGCAUCAGCCAUGGCAGUAGACGCAGUAGUAGGUUCUGGGUCUAUGAAAGAAGGUUAGCAACUCUGCAGCUGGAGUUAUAUGGAACAGCUGAAUCGAACCUCCUGGGAUACGACCCCCAAGACCAGUAAUCUUGUUCAACCUUGCAGAACCCCCAGCCUUGAGCUUGGCUUCACGGCGCUCCUUGCGAAGACGCGCUUGUUCAGCAGCUCGCUGAGCGGCAGCAUCUUCAGGACUUUGCGUCGCCUCCGACAUGAUUUGAUAGUUAUUGGGAGACGUCUUUUUGGUGUCGAUAUUGAAAUAUUGGUGUUGAUGGGCUCUGGUGACG